AUGUACAAGGAGUCGCUGGAGGCCAUCCGCGGCCAGCCCUUGGGGUCGCGUUCGGACGUAUCGUACAUCGCCCUGGCCGGAGACCAAGGUUCGGCGGAGCUGCCGAUCGACGAGAACGGAGCGACGCCGUCGUCGCUCCGCGCGCGGGGCUACGGCGCCGGACGGCGCUCCAAAGAGGUCAUACGGCGCGCGUUGUUGUCCCUGUUGCCGUCGAUUCUGGCCCGCGAGCUCGGGCACGUCGACAAGGACGCGGUGAUCCCCGCGGCCACGGCGACUUCGUACCUGAACGGUCUGCGUGGCCUCGCAGCGUUGUUCGUCGCAGUCUCCCACUACAUGACCGAUCACCCAUGGGUCAACCACAGCUGGGGACAGACGCCCGAGGACGAUUCCCUGGUGCAGCUCCCGUUUGUCCGGCUCGUUUACAGCGGCAUCUUCAUGGUCACCAUCUUCUUCGUCCUGAGCGGCUUCGCGCUGACGUAUAGCCCACUGAAGAAGUGCCACGCUGGGCAGAGCGCCGACGCCAUCGCCAGUCUCCCGUCCAGCGUGUUCCGCCGCCCGUUCCGGCUCUUCAUGCCCGUCAUCCCUACCCUCGUCGCGACAACCAUGGCGAUCCAGCACCAGGGAUUCUACGGCCACGACAGCAACACCCUCGUGGGGCCCGUGGCAGUCGGUGUCUGGUCCCAUGUCCUGUAUGUCUGGGGCACGCUGGCCGGCAUCAUCACGACCAGCUCCAUCAAUACCAUAUUACCGCCGGCCUGGACGCUGUCGCCCGAGUACCAAGGAUCGCUGCUCGUCUUCACGUGCUGCUUGGUCUUCGCGCGGACACCGGCCCUGGUGCGGAUUCUCUGCGUGCUCGCGCUCUUGGCCUUUUUCCUCUAUCAAGCCAACUGGCAGUUGUGCCUCUUCCUGGCGGGCAUGAUCCUCGGCGACAUCCGGCAGAUGCGGCAGAAGCUUCCGCCUCUCAAGGGGCUGGAGCGCAAAGCCGCCAGCGCCGCCUCGUGGCUGCUACUCGUGUUCUGCCUCUUCUUGGGCGGCUGGCCGUCGGAUGGCGACGGCUACACGGCCGCCGGGUAUUCAUGGUUCGUCUGGGCGCCCACUUUCGGCAUAGAACCCAGGAACUUCUUUCCAUCUGUCGCGGCUGUAGGGCUUGUCACGGCGCUGGAAAACCUACCCGUCCUACAACGUCGCCUUUCUUCGCGCGUCAUGUUGUACUUGGGGGAGAUCAGUUAUGGUAUGUACCUGGUGCAUUGGCUUGUCAGCAGAAGUUUCGUCUGUGGCCUCAAGCACCGGAUGUUGGAGGCGGGCUACAGCAUGGGCUCCGCUUGGACUAUCACCUUUGUCAUGAUGCUGGUAUUCUCCAUCUGGCUUGGAGACGUGAACUGGAGGCUGUUCGACAAGAAAUCGGUGCGAUUCUCACACUGGCUGAGCAAGAAGCUUGGCAUAUAG